CUCCCCGGUCUCUUUCUGUGCACAGAAUGCCGCUAUGCCGCUCAAUAUCUAUUCAGUACUUACGCGCUGUUUUCCGCCUCAUUCGACUUCGCAUUUAAACUGCCCCCUCCUUGACAAUGGAGCCAAAUCGCACAACAUUUCAAGCAUUGAACGCAACGUUCCAUGAGCUGAAUGCAUGCGAUGGCCCUACAGAUGCUCAGAGCCAGCGGCACUCCUCGCCAUCGACAUCCCGCGCGCAAACCGUACAGCUUUUACUAGAACGGACCAGGGCUCUACGCCUCCGCCAGCUCGCAUAUCACAACAUGCGUAGCCGCACCAGAAGCGUUGAAAAGAUCCUCAAAGAUCUCGAAUUGCAACGCCAAGAGCUGGCUGACCAGGUCGGCCCUGACGCAGGCACGGUACGAGAAGCCGAGAGGACGAGGCUUGAUGCCGAGAUCGUUGAGAGGCGACGCCAGCUAGAAGGCCUUGCCGCCGAGCUGAAAGAACUCGGUGCAUCUUAUGGCAAGCUGCCUUCCGCGGGGUCGGGUCCAGAGCGCGAUGAGGAGGCAAGGACGCGUAGCGCAGAGAAAGCUCAUCCUUCGGCCGUGUUCAGUUCGAGGACCGAUGUUCAUCAUGGCGCGGGUACUAUUGCUUUCGAUCAGAGAUUGCAGCCCUCACUGCUCUUGGACUGUGCUCGAGAUGGAGAUCUUAUCGAUGGCGGCAGCACGAGAUUUCCCACGGCCGUCGCAUCUGGUUCUGAGCGCCGGCGUCUCACCAACCCGAGAGGUGUAUCCAGUUCAAAAAUCGCAGGAUAUCGUCGACAUCCGUCGUGGACAAGCCUCUUCAAGUCUCGCAGCGCGAUGGCUGGAACCAUGCCUCGGUCUUCGGAGUGGGCGCGAGUGAACGAGACACCCGUCGUCAUGCCCGCGCUACCACCUUACAUUUUCGAGCACGAGUACAUGGCCUACAGGCAGAGGAACUGCAUCGCGCUGAGAUCGUCGGAUACGUAUAUCAAUGACAUGCCAAUCGACCUGUACAAACUCCACCUGCUCGUCGCGACUUCCGGGGGCUUCUUUUACUGCAUGGAAAGGAAUAUGUGGCUAUCGAUCGCCUCCAGGAUGGACCUUUGGAAGGCCGUGGGGAGCGAUCGGGGGCGAGACGACUCUAUGCAAGACGUUAGCCGACAUCUGCAGGACAUCUACAGCAGAUAUCUCCUUGGGUUCGACGAGGCGUAUAUGGAAUCGAUGUCCGCCCGCCGUGCCUAUCCUAGGGAUCCGGCAACGUUGGCAGUACGAGAAUGCAGCGGUCGUCGGAAAGUUGCGCCGCAUGACGCCGUCGUCAGCCAACCGAGCACUGCCUGUACGGAUGCUACUCUGGCACAGUCUGAGGACAUCGGUAACGUGACAGAUACCUGUCCGGCAGAGAAGGUUGCAUCAAUCGACCCACCAGAGAAGAUCAUGGAGAAACCCUCCUCUAUAGUCCAUCCAAUCGACACGUCAAUGAACACGACGCACACGCUAAAUCGUCGGAAGCUGGCCGCUCUCCUGACAUGCGGCACGGCUGUCCUAGCGGGAUUGUUGCUCAUACUAUUGCUGGCUAGUAGGGCUGUUGGGUGGGGCUCCCUGCUGUCCACGACUGGCCGGCCUGCUAUCGCUUGGAAGGACGGCCACAAGCUGUGUGCGGCAAUGGCGUCGGGAGUCGUGUUGACUCUUGUGCUACUUCACGUCAUGAGGCGAAGGCGUGUUGUCAGGAGGGUGGGUGAUCCCCACAGACGCGCUGAUGAGAAGGAGCGCUUGCUUGAGGAGGGAAGGGUCUGA